AUGAUGAGAAGGUUACUUAAUAUUAAUAUUCCAAGGAAUUUAGUCCGAAGCUUGACUAUGAAAAAUUCAGUUUAUAAGCUUUCCAUAUUCGUUCUACUAAUCACCACAUUCAUAAUAAUAGCAACGAGGUCAGACACCUCAAAAUAUGUAGUAACGAAUUACUUCAACAGUAAUGAAUCAUUACCCACUAAAAAUGACCUCCCAAACGUAGACGUCUCGAAACAACUGCGAUUCCAAAAAUUGAAUAAAUCACCCAUCACUGAAAAAGUAUUGCAUCAGUAUUAUGAAAAUUUUGACGUCGAAGGGGUUGUAACAAACCUCGACUUAUCGAAACAUUACAGUAAGGAUCACAAAAGAGGCAAACAGCAACAACAAGAACAUAAAAGUUACCAAGAUCUAUCAUGUAACGAUCUUGGAUACCAUGCCAACAUUGGCUAUUCUACAGAUUUGAUCCCCAUCGAGGAUAAUUUAUUGAAAUUAAGACGCCAAUUACUAAAGAAUGAAAAUAAAGAUUAUGCAAAUUUUUUCCGUCACGAAGAAAGUGAAAAGAAUUGGUCUGAGGAGGAAAUUAUUGAAAAACAUUGGUCUCGUUUUGGUCCCGCUCCCGUUUGGUUAGAAUCUGAACAAUGUUUCGUCUCUUAUUCUAGAGUUAUGUAUAGGCAUACUGAUCAAAAAAACCAGCCAUUGGUUUCUUUGAUUAGAGCUCAAGCUUUUGAUAAAGAGUGGAAUGAAAUUGUUGGGAAAAGAAUCCCAUAUAGUGAUGUGAUAAUUCCUAGUGAUGUUACGAAAGAAUUAGAAAUGUUGGGUGAUCAAUUCCAGGAACACGCUUGUGAUAAAUUGAAAGAUUCAUCUGAGUAUGAACAGUGUAUAACGAAACAUAAUAAAUCAUUGUUAGAGAAUAAGAGAAGAAAAGAAAAAAUAUUAAAUCGAUACUUCCAAUCUUAUCCCAGUCUUAUAGAGGUUCCUUUUAAUAUUAAAGCUGAAGGUUGUAAAGGUCCAGAAGAUCCUCAUGUUGUAUUAAAGAAGACAAGUAAAGGAGAAGAACCAGUAAUUAUCUUCAACAUGCUUGAUGAUACUGAUAAGAAAAGGAAAAUGUAUGCAAUAAUGCCACAUAGGAAAGUAGAUCCCAUUGUAACCUUUAGGAUUAAUGGUCAAGAGCCUAAAAAAGUUGAAAAAAAUUGGACCCCAUUCUUUAAUGAUGAUUCCGAAGGAAGUGGUCUUUCUAGAGGUACAAUACAUUUUAUUUAUAGUUUUAAACCGUUAGAAAUCCUUAAAUGUUCUUUAACUGAUGGUUUGUGUGACAUAGUCUUUGAUAAGAAAUUCUUGGACAUUGGCAGAGAAGAUGAUUUCCAAGAUAUACAUGGUGGAACACAAUUUAUUCCAUUACCAAAUAUUUUACCAGAGGUUCAAGACCAAAAAAUGUGGCUUGGGUUACCUAAGAUACAUUUAAAAGAUACAGCAUGCAGUUAUCAUUACUAUAGACCCAUGGUGAUGUUAAUGAUAGAAGAUAAAGGUAUAUAUCAUAUCGAAAUGACUGUACCCAUAUUAGAUUUUGGAUUGGAUGUUACAUCUUGGGAUAUGAAAGGAACAUAUUGUUUUUUUAAUCAAAUAUUAUCGCCUCAUAGCAUUGCAUACUGGGAGGUAAUCAGCCAAGAUCCACAAACAAAGGAAUAUGAAGAUUAUAUGGCCAUCACUAUGAGCGAAGCGGAUGCGCUAUCUAAGGUUAUGGUCAUUAAGGGUAUGUUGAAUUAUAUUUUGGGAAUAUAUAAGGAAAAGGCUCUAAAGCCAACAUUCGAAGUAAAUGGUGAUACGGGAACUAUCUUAAAGAAAAGUCUAGGAUGUGUCGUUGACAUCGCCAAAAAGAAUAGUAAACAAUAUAAUGAUAAGCACCCAAGGCCGUCCUAG